AUGCAUAAACAAACUGAGGAUUUAUUUUUCCCAGCGUCGAUAAAUGUCGAUUUAACUAUUUCAAGAUGUAAAAAAAAGUUGGCUGGUUUGAGGAAUUAUAUAAAAUCUACCUCUUAUCCAAGAAAUCAGAUUAAUACAAGAUUCUUGAGAGAGCCAAAUGAUUACAAUAUUAAAAAUAAUAAGCACCAGGUAUAUUUAGCCCAAAAUGAGAAAUACAGAGAUAUGUUUAGUCAUUUGAACGAAAGAAAAUUACAUCACAAGCUUAAUACCCAAAAUGUCAAAAACUACAACCCUGAAACAAAUGUUUGCUCAGAAAUAGACUCUGAAAGCUCAUUGAGUUAUAAUAAUUCAUUCGUUAACAAGUUAAUUGAAAGGUACUACUCAACUUCUAAGUCAAGAUUACCUGAUUUAAACAACCAAUUUGAAGCAAAUAAUUUAUUUCAGAGUUCAAAUAACUUGUUUACUCCGAAAUUGAGAAAAAAUGAUGAAAGAAAAGAGGAUACUCUGAUUUAUCAAGAUUUUGAAAAUAAAUCAAUAAAGUUAAAUAGCGUUAAUACUGAUAUUGGCUCAUAUUGUGAUCCUAAGUUUGGCAAGGACUGCAAAAGCAGUAAUAAAAAAAAAAAUAUAGAAACACAAAAAUCGCCCAAUGUAACUUUGUUAAAACAGUGUGACUUAGAAACUAGAGAAAUAGUUGAUAACCUUGACAAAAAAAUUAAAAAUUUGGAAAGAAAGAUAAAAACAAACAAAAAGAAUGAUUUUCAAAAACAAAAUACAUCUGAGUAUUUAGAGAGGUCUAAUUGCAUGGAAUCCAAAUUAUUAUCAAUAUCUGUUAUACCUCCAUACGGAAUUUCAUGCUUUGAAAGUUCGUUUUUACCAUACUAUUGCACAUUGCAGGAGAUACAGAUAUUAAAGGAUUUAAUUUCGAUCAAGGGCGAAAUUUUUAAUCCAUCAAAAACAAAGAUUGAAGUAAUAAGUAUUGGGAAAAUGUUUUGCUGCCACGCAAGGACUAGAUUUAUAGAUAGUAUCAAACAUUUAUACCAAGGUUCGCUUAAUGUCCUUAAAUUAAAGUUACUCAUUUACAUAGAAGAGCCUGAAAUACUCUUAGUUAAUACUUUUGGGCCACAGCCUAUUGAAAACAAAGGAGACAUAUAUUUUUAUGAACUUGAAGCAAUAUAUGAAAUGAAAAAAAUUUCCAGGUUCAUGAUUUGCUUGUUAAUUACUGAGAAACCAGUAGAAUGUUUUACGAAAAGGCGAUACACAAUAAGUAACGCCAAACAAGUACUUCCGAUAUAUAUAAUUGAUGUUAAUUCAACGUCUAAAUAA